AAAUGUCAUCAGUAAGCAAGGCUGAUAGGAAGGCAACUCUAGACGUUGCUUCAUGGUUUUUCAAUGUUGUCACAUCUGUGGGUAUAAUCAUGGUUAAUAAAGCCUUGAUGGCAACUUAUGGCUUCAGUUUUGCUACAACAUUAACAGGUUUGCAUUUUGCCACAACAACCUUGUUGACAGUUCUUCUUAGAUGGCAGGGUUACAUUCAGGACUCUUAUCUACCAUUACCCGAUCUUCUCAAGUUUGUCUUGUUUGCAAACUUUUCUAUUGUUGGAAUGAAUGUGAGUUUGAUGUGGAAUUCUGUGGGCUUCUAUCAGAUUGCAAAGCUGAGCAUGAUUCCAGUAUCUUGCUUUCUGGAAGUUGUUUUCGACAAGGUCCGCUACUCGAGGGAUACGAAGCUUAGCAUACUGGUAGUUCUCCUUGGAGUUGCUGUCUGUACUGUGACAGAUGUGAGUGUCAAUAUCAAGGGUUUUCUAGCUGCUGUAAUAGCAGUCUGGAGCACAGCCCUCCAACAGUAUUAUGUACACUUUCUUCAACGAAAGCAUUCUUUAGGAUCUUUUGACUUGUUGGGACAUACCGCUCCAGUACAAGCUGCAAGCCUGCUGUUAGUUGGUCCUUUUGUGGACUACUGGUUAACAGAGAAAAAGGUUUAUGCCUACAACUACACUGUGAUAUCAAUGUUUUUCAUAAUCCUGUCGUGCACCAUAGCAGUGGGGACCAACCUCAGCCAGUUCAUCUGCAUUGGCAGGUUUACGGCUGUAUCAUUCCAAGUGCUUGGCCAUAUGAAGACUAUUCUUGUCCUGAUUUUAGGGUUCAUAUUCUUUGGGAAAGAAGGUCUUAAUCUCCAUGUAAUUCUGGGUAUGAUCAUUGCAGUAGCUGGAAUGAUCUGGUAUGGCAAUGCCUCGUCCAAGCCAGGUGGAAAGGAGCGUUGGAUUUAUUCAGCUCCAAGCAACAAAUCGCAAAAACAGGACGAGUUAUCAGAUUCCACUGAGACAGACGAGAGGGUCUAAAAAUUCAUUUACAGGUAGCCGCACGUUGGGGUUGAUUGAGAUACAACAUCGGGUUCUUCUCUUGGCUUUCCAUCAAUAAAUUGCUGUUGCAUGUGAGACAUGCAACAUAAAUUUGAGGCUAUUUUCUAGUAUUGGUAUUUGGGCAAACAAAUGAGAGUACUGUCCAUGGAUCAGAACAUUUAAAACAUUUUACUAAAUGCUGAUAUUUGUUUGGUAUGGUGAGGGAAUUCCCUUUACAACAGGAGUUUUCUUGUAUGCUCAUUCAUGGUGGUCCCGAAGCCACUGAUUUUUGCCCAUUAAUGCUUGAAACAACUGGGGAAUUUACUAGACCCUUUAAUAACUGAUAAACCUCUCUCAUUAGGGAUGCAGGGAAUACUGCAUUCAUGGCAAAAAAAGG